CUGAGCGUGUCCGCUUGCCACAAGGCCGUAGCGGCUGUCCCUGUCCCGUCCCCAUUGUACGGAUGCGGAAAGGCUGUUUGCCCAAGGGCGUUCAAGGGCACUGCGGAGGGCGGGCCUGGACACGGGAAGCCUGGCGUGGCCCUGGGAGGUGAGGCAGCCCCGCAUUUCGCCCCCAUGGCGGUCCCAGCCCUGACGCGCGCUCUCUCCCUCCAGACCAUCAUGGAGCAGUUCAACCCCAGCCUGCGCACCUUCAUCGCCAUGGGCAAGAACUACGAGAAGGCGCUGGCAGGUGUGACCUACGCCGCCAAGGGCUAUUUCGACGCCCUCGUGAAGAUGGGCGAGCUCGCCAGCGAGAGCCAGGGCUCCAAGGAACUCGGCGAUGUCCUCUUCCAGAUGGCGGAGGUCCACCGGCAGAUCCAGAACCAGCUGGAAGAGACGCUGAAGUCCUUUCACAACGAGCUGCUCACGCAGCUGGAGCAGAAGGUGGAGCUGGACUCCAGGUACCUGAGUGCCGCGCUGAAGAAGUACCAGACGGAGCAGCGGAGCCGCGGCGACGCGCUGGACAAGUGCCAGGCUGAGCUGAAGAAGCUGCGCAAGAAGAGCCAGGGCAGCAAGAACCCCCAGAAGUACUCGGACAAGGAGCUGCAGUACAUCGACGCCAUCAGCAGCAAGCAGGGCGACCUGGAGAACUACGUGUCCGACGGCUACAAGACGGCGCUGACGGAGGAGAGGCGCCGGUUCUGCUUCCUGGUGGAGAAGCAGUGCGCCGUGGCCAAGAACUCCGCCGCCUACCACUCCAAGGUGAGCUGCGCCUGCAGGGCCACUUCCGGGGCCAGAGGGCGGGGCUGUAAGGACAGCGGCCAGGCCAGAGGCUGCGGUGCCUCUGAGGCCAGUGUCGGUGACAGGCUCGGAGGGGUCAGCUCCCGGGAGGGGCCACACUGCCAGGAGCCCUUGUGGAGGCCGCUUAGCCCCCAGGGACACAGGCUCCCCUGCAAGGGCAGCCUCAGUGGGGCCCUGUUCCCCAUACAGCACAGGCAGGAGCUGGAGCCUUCUGGAACCUUCUGGGAGCUUAGAGCUGGCCGUGGCCUGCGGCGGCUGUCCGCCCAGGAGAACGCGCCCAUCAUGAACGGCGUCUCGGGCCCCGACGGCGAGGACUACAGCCCCUGGGCUGACCGCAAGGGGGCCCAGCCCAAGUCCUCGGCUCCUCAGCAGCCUCAGACCAAGAUGAGCGACUCCUACUCCAACACCCUGCCCGUGCGCAAGAGCGUGGCCCCCAAGAACAGCUACGCCGCCAGUAAGGGCUCCAGGCCGCCCCGCAGCUGGGGGGCAAGGCUCACACGGGUGUGCAUGCGUGUGCCGCACCUGGGACCCGGGGAGGCUCCAUCCCUGAUCAGCUGCCUCCUGCAUGCCCCCCACUGGGCAUCAGCCCUCACCCCGGCAUGUGCCCUGACCAGGAUGGAAGCUUCUGGGUCCUGGUGGACACUCACGCCAGCUGGCCCAGCUCACCUUCUGAGCUUCUCCCUGGCACAUCUUUGUGCCCAGUUCCGAGGGAGGGGUCAUUGGGAUCCAGGCGGCUGCCACCCAGGCCGCCGAGAGCAGCCCCUGGUCACCGCCUCUUCAAGGGCAGAGCCCGGCGUGGGGAGGUGGGGCCAGGCCAGGCCCCGGGCUGGCAUGUCCCUGAGCACCGCCCGUGCCCACAGCCUGCAGCCGGGCAAGAGCAGCAGCACCGGCAACCUCCUGGACAAGGAGGACCUGGCCCUCCCGCCGCCCGACUACGGCCCCUCCUCCCGCGGCUUCCCCACCCAGACGGCCAGCACCUUCAAGCAGAGGCCCUACAGCAUGGCCGUGCCCGCCUUCUCUCAGGUGAGUGUGAGGUCUGGGCCAGGGCUGCGGGGGACCCUGUGGGCUGAUCCCAGGCCCGGGCUUGGGGGUUGGGCCCUGAGCCUGUCCAGACUCCACCUCUGGACAGGGAGGGCGUCAGGGAGGAGCCCUGUCCACGCGUGGGACUGGCAGUCGUGCUCCACCUGCAGAGACACGCUGGACUCAGUGGCUACUGGUAUUGCCUCCUCACACGCUGAAGCCGGGAGCACGCGCGGGGCGGCCCUGGCCCUUCCCCCACGGAGCCCGGAGCCGCGGACGCUCCCUAACGGCGGCGUCUUAGCAAGAGUCUCCGCGGACUAG